AUGUCUUCAGGCCGUGUCGAGAAGCGGAGUGCGCGAUACCCAAAGAAGUCUUCUACCGAGCGGAACGAACAGCUGGCUUCCGAGAUUGAUUCUUCAGGAUACGAGGUGAUGCCGUGCUCAUGGUGCUUCGAUCAUGGCUUGGAAUGCAAAAUGAUUGAACGAACAAGACGUUGUUCUGAGUGUGUGCGGCGUGGUCGGUCAUGCGAUGGGACAGGCGUCCCAGUUGGUGUCUUGUCUCGCGUCACAGCCGAGCAGAAACGUCUCGAGCGCAAGGAAAUCGAGGAGGAAGAGGCUUUCGAAGACCUCCUUCAGCGGCAGCAGCGGAUUCAAGACGAGAUUCGAGAAGCGACGGCGCGCUUGAUUCGCCUUCGCAAGCAGAGGCGUUUCCUU